GGUCUAUAUAAAGUGGUGGGACUUGGUAGUUGGAACUGUGAGGGUAGUCCCUUAUUUUUCUUUCAAGUACUAGUUGGGUUUUUUGGUGUUUUUUGAGUAUUGGUGAAGAUGAGCUAUCUUGGUGUUGGUGUGGGUCCUGGGAAUGUUCCAGUGUAUCAUGAGAGCAAUCUAAAGGUAGUUGAUCGGAGGGUGAGGAUUGCAGAGCUGGUUUUGAGGUGUUUGAUCUGUGGUCUAGGUGUUCUUGCUGCUGUUCUUGUUGGGUCUGAUACUCAGGUCAAAGAGAUCUUCUCAAUUCAAAAGAAAGCCAAGUUCACAGACAUGAAGGCUCUUGUCUUUUUGGUAGUGGCCAAUGGGUUAGUUGCAGCCUACUCAUUGGUCCAAGGGUUGAGGUGUGUGGUGAGUAUGGUUAAAGGGACUGUGCUCUUCAACAAGUCCUUGGCUUGGGCUAUUUUCUCUUGUGAUCAGCUUAUGGCAUACUUGACUUUGGCCGCGGUGGCAGCGGCUGCACAGUCUUCAGUGUUCGCUAAGUUUGGGGAGUCAGAGCUGCAAUGGAUGAAGAUAUGCAACAUGUACGGAAAAUUCUGCAACCAAGUAGGAGAGGGAUUAGCCAGUGCAGUAAUUGCUAGCCUUAGCAUGGCGGUCCUCUCUGGUGUUUCUGCUUUUAGUGUCUUCCGAUUAUACGAUGGCGACAAAGGUGGUAAGAGCAGUGCAAGAUGGUAGGCCUCUAAAGGUCAUUAAUGUCAUUCUAGCAAUGUUUCCAACUCAAAACUACCCUCUUUGGUGUCUCUUGACCAUGAAGAUUUGUUGUCAUGUAUGAUAUGACAGAGAGUGCACUUUGUUACUUAACCAGUUUGUAAAAAAUAAAACAAGGCUAGUGUUUGUGGAAUUUGUCACUAGAUUUGUCUUUUACUACAUUUUGUAGGAUUUGAGAUAUGGUAAUUAACUUGAC